AAUUUAGUUUAUUUUAAAACUCAUCUUAGUUAGACGUUGUGAAGCAUUUGUUUACUUGUGGACCACAACAAACAGAUUUCACUGCACGUCUAGAGUUUUAUUUAAGUUUUUAAUAUAAACAAAAAAAUUCGCGCUUUGAAAAUUUCGACCCACAAAAAAAAAAAAAGCGGAAAAAUAGCAAUAGUGUACAAAACCUAAUAUAAACAAAAACUUUUAUACAUAUGUAUGUAUGUAUAACUUUGAACAGUUCUAUUUGGAGACCAUACCACCCACCACUGGCAAUAUAUUUUGAUGGUUUAGGGUGCCAACCACAUGUUCAACUACUAUUCUGCAAAGUAUUUAUCAUUUGAAGUUUUUCCGAAAAUUAUAACCAUGUGUUGUUUAUUUUUCGUACUUUGUCAACAUCAUCGUCAGCAUCAUCACGUUGCGUAUUCCAACCGCCGUUCAGCUGCUACGAAACUUUUUCCACUAUUUAACACCGCAUUGCUGUUGGUUCUUGUGAACUUUCUAUCUCUGUCAAAUGCUCAAAUCGCAUACACGGGUUAUAUGUCAGAAUUACGCAUCCAAGAGUUACACAAUAUGGCAAUACGUUUGGAGCAUUCUAUAGACAUGGAUAAAUUUGCUUGUGAGAGUUAUUUUGAUUAUGUUUGUGGACGUAAUCGUCCAUUAUUUUCAAUAUUGGGACAUCUUCCCGAAACAAAUGAAGUAAUACAACUCUUAACCGAACUCCAAAACGAUAGUAACCAAUUCGAAGCAAAACAAAAACUUAUGGAUUUCUUUAUAUCCUGCAACACUGUAAAGGGUCUAGAGGAUUGCUAUCGUGAAUCCUUUGAAUAUUUUAAACCAUUAUUCGUUUAUAUAAUAACAAAAAAUUAUAUUGAUAGUGCUUCGCAUGAACAUAAUAACUUUCUUGAAAUACUAACAGAAUUUGUAAAGAAAGCUGAGGACACUGAGAACUUUGGCAGAAAUCCUAUACGUUUAAAACUAGCAUCACUUAAGGAAAAGUUUAAAACACCACAGAUUUAUUUCAGAACGGGUGAUUUGGAUUACGAAUAUGAAUCGUUAAAAAUGUAUCGGGAAAGUUAUCAACACAAUAUUAGAAACUUGGAAAUAUUUCGCAAACGUAAUUCCACCUAUGAGUACGGUCCACAUCGUACGAUUUUAGAUUGGAGUUUAUAUGUCUAUCAGAGUCGUAAUAAGCCUAUGUCAUAUUAUUAUGCCACUUUAAAUGUUCACCUCUGGAUGACACUGUUCAAUACUACUGAACGCUAUUACGAACCCAAACGUUUUGCCGAAAUAGUUGAAUGUUUAAAGUUGCCACAGUUUGUGAAUGUUCUGGAGGAAGCACGCAUUUUGGCUGUGGUCUAUUUAAAAAGUUUUCGCAACGCCUUGGCUGACUAUAAUGAUUGGAGGGCUGUCUCGGCUAAAAAUCAGGAGAUAUUCGAUAGAGAAAAUGAAAUUCUCAAGCAAUAUAAUUUAAAUAAUAACAAAAUAUUUUUUACCUUAUAUGGCCAAAACUUUUGUGAGUUUGGUAAAGAUCUUGCGGAAAAUGUUUUCUAUUUAGGUUUGAAACAUACUCAAGAAUUCUUUCAUACAUAUUCUUGCGGCUAUCAGACCGAAAGGAAUGUACGUUGUAUAUAAAAAUAAAAUAUAAUUUUUUGUUGUCUUAUCUUGUGUUUACCAUUUUUAACAAA